AUGUGGCCCAGGAUAGGAAUUCUGAGCCUUUUCUUGGUUCAAAUAGCGGCGGCUCAGCUGGAUGCGGAAGAAUGUGCGUUACACGAAGACGAACUUCAGACUUGCGAGACUUGCAUUGGCAAAGGAACUGUACGUUUCCCUUUUCUGAAAACUUUGAAAAAUAAUCAGAUGUUCUAGUUUUUUGAAUCUUCCAGUGUCCGAAUUUAGACAAAAAUGAGAAAAUAAACAGAUCAAUGAAACAUGUGACAUAAAGGACUUACUAAAAUCGAAAAAAAUUUUUUUGUAGAUCUUAUUUUUUAUUCAUGUAUUUUUAAUCAAAACAAGCAUAUUUUAUUUAAUUAAUUAAAAAAAAAGUUUUAUCAUUGGGGAAAAAAUCAAGAAGUUCUAUUGAAUAUUCAUUUUUUUCCAUAAGUUAAGACAGAUAUAGCUGUUCAUUUUUUGAAUUUGAUUUCGUUUUAAUCUUGGUCCUGACGUAUUUCUCCUCGUUUUUUCUGUACGGAGUCCAGCUGAUAGCGCAUGACUAGCUCCAUUUUUUGAAACCAAAAAGGCAUGAGAAAAUUUUGUCUGUCAUUUUUUCUGAACGGAAAAUUGAUUUUUCCAGUGGGAAUACUUUAUCGCUUUUUGAACGGUCUCCGAAAACUUUAAAAUUAACAUUUCAACGAUUUGUAAGGCUCACUUGUUAAUAGAAGUUUAAUUUGAAAUAUAGGGAUUUUUUUCAUUUUUCUUCAAAUUGUCAUAACGUCAAAACGAGGGAAAAAAAUGUGUUAAAUUUUAGAAAAUUCCAAGUUACGUUUAUAUUUUCGAAAAAUCGCUUAAUUUUCCUGGAAAAAUUCUCAUAUUUUUUUGAUCGAAAAAAACUGCUUUUCAGGUAUUUUUUUGAUUAUGGCUCAACUUUAAAAAGCUGUCAAAAAAAUUUUUUUAGUUUAAUUUUUUUAGUUACAUUUUAAAAAAAUGAAGUAUAUGCGCAAAUGACAAAGAUAUGAGCCGGCAAAAAGAUAACCGCCGAAAGGAUUCGAACCAUGGCCACAGUGCGGACAUCUACGCGCAGAAAAAACUACGACGAGCUUUUCCUUGAUAGCCUGGGGCGUUAGGAGAAAUUUGUUUUUGGUUCCGAGUACUCUUACCAAAGCCUACCAGCCCCCAAAGUCUCAAUUCUCAACUCGUUGUCGAGCCGAGAUCGUGACCUAGUUAGUCUGUUUUCAAAAGUUGAACUCAAUCUUUAGACACUAUCAAAAUUUUGAAUAUCAAACUUUAUACAUACAAGGUUUGAGGAAUUAUUCUUUGGACUAUAAAUUUUCCAAUUUAUCUUCAUUCCAGAAAUGUUUCUGGUGCGGCGGACAUAAGCAAGAGUGUCUUCCGUACGAGUGGUACUUUCCGAAUUGCGAUCUCAAAGACGCGAAGCACAACUAUUGCUGGGGUGAGUCCUUUCUUCUGGCUUCAACUCAAAAAACACUACAGUGAGCACUUCGGCGGGAGUGAUAGUGGCGGCUGUGGCCUGUGGACUGAUCGCCGUCAUUCUGAUCGCCUGUCUCUUCUACUGUCUCUGUCGGUGCAACCAGUACCGCAAACAGAAAGAAAAGGCUCGCGGAAUCAGUUGGAAUCAGGUAAAUUCGAAUCUGAGAUGGGAUGUGAGGCCUCUAGACGUCAGGAGCAAGCGGUGAACCGAGCUCAAAUGAAGGAGCGACACGACCUGAGGACCAACCAACGGCAGGCGGAGCUUGAGGCCUAUCGCAUGAAAUACGGUUAACAGAGGAUGCAAAAGUUGAGAAAAAGAACGUUUUGCAGGAUUACCGAUGAAAAAGGACUCCAAAACCGGAAAGAAAUGA